AUGACGUCCAAGGCGACCCAGGCAAAUCUUCUCAAGCAGUUCCGCUCCCUCACAAAUGCCUCUGCUGCCGACGGCACACGUCUCCUCAAGUCGUCCAAUUGGCGCAUAGAAGCUGCCGUAGACGCAUUCUACAAUGACGCAACGGCAAUCAGCAACGCUGCCGCCUCUUCCUCUGGCGGCACGGCCAAGGGAUCCACUUCUGCCAAGAGGGAAAAGGAAGCCAGGGACAAGCUGGGAGCAAUCUUUGAUCGAUUUGCAGAUCAAGAGGUGCCUGGAGGACAGGAGAUGAACAUUGAUGGUACCAUGGAGUACUGUGAGGAGCUGGGAGUGUCUCCGGAAGAUGUGGCACUCCUGCCCCUCUCCUUUUACCUCUCGUCCCCUACCAUGGGCAAGUUCAACAAGACGGCAUUCGUAGAUGGGUGGAGAGUGUUGGCUGCUGGAGCAGAGGGGGAGUGCGAUACCAUAGAAGGGAUGAAGGCCAGGUUGCCUAGUCUGAGAGAGGAGCUGAGCAAGGAUGCGCCGGUCAAGGGAGACCUGGCGAAGGCACCUGGAGCAGGAAAGGGCGGAUUGUUCAAGAGGGUGUACGAGUACACUUAUACCUUUGCAAGACCAGAAGGACAGAAGAGUCUGCCCCUGGACUCGGCUCUAGCCUUUUGGGAUCUCCUCAUACCCCACGCACCUACUUUUGAGACCCAAGGCGGAAACUUCACACCAAGACAGCUCGAGCUAUGGAAGGAGUAUCUGGAGGAGAAGACGGCGGGAAAGGCAGUCAGCAAGGAUACUUGGUCUCUUUUCUUGGACUUUACAGCCGACAUCGACCCGGAGUUCAAGACGCACGACUUUGAUGCUGCCUGGCCGAGUCUCAUCGAUGGAUUCGCCGUCUGGGCGCGGGAGAAGCUGGAGAAGGGAGAAGAAGGCAGCAUGGACGAGUCGUAGAGGGAGACAAGAGGAAUAACCACACAUCAGCAUUACCAUCGCUAUCACCAUCUGCGAAUGUGAGAGUCAGAGACCGAGCCCAAGGCGAUGUACGCUCCUUUCCCAACCAUUCAAUAGAGGGAAGCUACAUGAGAUACCUUCACUCACGAACAGACAAGAAGCAUCAAUCGCGUAAAGACCGGCUGGAAGUAGAGAAUGAGAGGCCCCAUUCGAAAAGCUAAUUACAGUCGAUGCAACUGGUGAUGCGAACCGCUGAAGUCAGGGGAAGGAAAGUCGUAGGUAUUAUUAGGACAAAGAAGGGCGAGGGGAUUGAGAUCGGAAGAAUUGUCCAUGGAGGGGUAUGGGGGAAUGUACACGGGAAGGAGGGAACUGAGAGUACCAAAGGGGCACAUAGAUGGGACGUAGGAUGGAUGGGACCUAGGAUGUGACAGCCACCCCCAACACGAAGUCUCCCUGCGAGUCGGUCCAG